AUGGGUGCAUGUCCUUCAUCCCCCGUGUGUCCCACACACAACCAAUGUACAUUCGACGCCAAUGGCUCCUCCUUCGCAUUCGCCUGCGGCCUCGAUUACUCCGGCGGAGACAUUGAGUCGGUUCAAACAUCUUCGAUAACCGAUUGCAUAUCCCUCUGCACCACCACUCCCUCCUGCACCGCAAUAACCUUCAGCGACUCCGCAUGCUCGCUGAAGAAUAUUUCCGCGACUCCAACACUCAACCCAACUGCAUCAGCCGCAUAUAUCUACACCUCCCCCUCCACCUCCACCUCUUCCCUUUCCGAAGCCAUUAUCCCCUGCCCCCCGUUCCCGAAGACAAACCUCCUCUCCAACCCUUCCUUCGAGCACCGCUCCCUCCUAAAUUGGACGCAGUCCACAACCGCCCCAGCCCGCGAAGGCAUACCCUCCACUUCAUCCCCACACACGGGAUCCUACGCAUUUAUCGCUGCAGGGGGCGUGACGCUAGCUCAGAAGAUUCCCGUGCUGUCGCGACGCAGUUACACAAUGGGCUUGUGGACCAAGCAGACGCACGAAAGGGCGUGGGAGGUGUGGAUUGAUGAUGUUAGUUUCGAGAUUGGAUGGGCCGGAUAA